AUGAUCAAAUUCGUAUACCGACAAGCCAAAAAAUAUAUCCCAUACUCUUACCAGAGUUCUAUACAACGUCUCACCACUCCAAUAUCUGUUGAAGAGUCCGGCGCCACCCCUGCCUGUCGUCCAAGAGGGAAUUGUACCUUAUGUGCAGCAGAAAAGCGUGCCAACUAUACAAAAAGUUGGGGACUUCUUCUCGGUCUUUUACCCGCCUACUUCGUUGCUAGUCUCGAAGUGACUAUUGUUGCAACGGCGCUUCCGGAAAUCGCAUCCCAUUAUAGUGAGGCUUCUUCCGCGUGGUUGAUUUUGACCUCGAGCUAUAGCAUUUUCAAAUAUACUGACUAUAACCUAGACAGAUUUGGACAGCUCAAUUGGCCGGCGACUGCAUUCAAUCUAACGUCUACUGCCUUCAUUCCCGUCUUUGGGCAACUUGCAGAUACCUUUGGACGCUAUGCAUCUCUUCAGUUCGCCGCCGUGAUGUCACUGAUAGGUAGCAUCAUAUGUGCUACUGCGCCGUCAUGGCCUGCUCUGUUGCUUGGUCGUGCCUUUCAAGGAAUUGGCGCGGCGGGKAUCGACAACGUGACAAUGAUUAUACUGGCCGAUCAGGCUUCAUUGAAAGAGCACGCAGUUAAUGUCAGCAUUUUUCAGUUGCUCAACGGUAUUGGAUAUAGCAUAGGACCGGUCGUAGGUGGCUAUCUCACCAAAGCGAAUUGGCGGUACUGCUUUGUCCUUUGUGCGGUCAUUGUUUUCUUAGGUCUAUUCGCCAUUUUUCUAAUACGUGGUCAACUGAAGCCUGGAAAGCUAUCCGUCUACCAUCCGCCCAGUGGCCAGACCCCCACCGCAGCUAUCAUUGAAGGGCUCUCCACGCUCGACUAUGGCGGCAUAUUCAUGUUCGUCACUGGGGUUUGUUUGUUAAUUAUGGGCACAACAUGGGGAGGUGCAACCUUUCCAUGGGAUUCAGCAGCAGUGAUCUCGUCCCUUGUUGUUGGAGGAAUCCUUAUCCUACUUUUCUGUUUAUAUGAAUACCUUCUUGAACCCGGCCGCCUCCUCUCGCGAUGGUUCCCACGAACUAUUCCUAUGAUUCCAGCGGCUCUUCUUCAUAAAAAAGACAUACUUAUCAUUUGUUUCGUUGCCGUGGGUGCUGGCGCGACGUUUUACUCCAUUUUUUAUUUCGUUGGUAUAUUUUUCACGCUUGUGAAGGCUUAUACAGCAAGCGAAGCUGGAACGAAAUUGCUAUAUUAUAUCCCGGGACUUGGUAUCGGAGUAUACGCAGCUAUCAGGUGCUGCAAUCACUGGCCGCGUCAGACUUUCUGGGCUUUGUGCCUCGGGACUAUCUUUCAGACCGUGGGCAUUGCAGUCCUCGCCGCUGCGGUCAAAUUUCGUGACGAGAAACUAGUUGCAAUCACUAUGGCGCUGACUGGUGCUGGCACCGGUGCGGUCUUCAUGCCCAGCAAUCUGCAUGUGGCUGGCAUGUUCAACGACCACCUAGCUUCAGCCUACAGCUUAAUGCGAUUCUCUCUUCCAUUUGGAGGAACUAUAGCUCUGGCCAUGAUGGACUCCGUUUUCCAAAAUGAGAUUGCUGGAAAUUCCACGGGCACUUCGGGAGCCAACGGUUACGGUAGCCCUACUUCUCAAGGGCUGGAUUCGAUCAAUGUGAUAUCAUCUCUCCCUAAUGAUCAACAGGACACGAUCAGGCGCCAGGCUUCGACAGCGAUUAUGUUCGCAUUCAUUUCUAUAGUUCCCAUUACCGCUUUGGCGACAAUUUUGGUGAUGUUCUUGGGCAAUGUAUGGAUCACUACAGAAACAAGUUCACAGAACGCUAUUGUGCAGCAAACGGGAGGUACCAAUGAAAUUGCAUGCUGUGAAGAACAUGCAGGCUCAAACGUGGACUCUAGUAUAGCGAUGCCUGAUGCGAUUGAGAUGAGACAUGCUCAUUGUACUGAAUCUGAUAGUAGUCCGGCAGAGACCAGUCGUUACACGGAUUCAGUGUAUCUGCUCGGAUUGAUUCGCCAGCAGGUCAAAGACGGUACCAGACGUGUCUGA